CAUACAGUACACACACACACUACACAUACACAGUACUCAGUACACACACAGGGCACACACACAGUACACAUACACAGUACACACAGGGCACACACAGUACACACACACAGUACACAUACAGGGCACACACAGUACACACACAGUACACAUUCAGGGCACACAGUACACAUACAGGGCACAUACAGGGCACACACACAGUACACACACACAGUACACACACAAUACGUGCAGUACACACACACAGUACGUGCAGUACACACACACACAAUACACAGUGCACACACAAAAGCACAUACAGGGCACACACACAAUACGUGUAGUACACACACAAUACGUGCAGUACACACACACAAUACGUGCAGUACACACACACAAUACAUGCAGUACACACACACAAUACAUGCAGUACACAUACAAUACGUGCAGUACACACCGAAUACAUGCAGUACACACACAAUACGUGCAGUACACACCGAAUACAUGCAGUACACACACAAUACGUGCAGUACACACACACACAAUACAUGCAGUAUACGCACACACACCAUACAGGAUAUACAAACCUACAUAGAACAUAUAGCACACGUGCAAUACACAACUUUUAGUGUGCAUACAUCACCUACAGCAUAUAGUGCGUACAGAAUGCAAACCAUACAGCAUACACACGAGAGAUAAAGCAUACUCACACAAUAUAACGAUGUCUACCUAGCACAUCAUAUAGUACAUAUAACGUGCAUUGCAUAUGCAGAAUACAAAGUGUAGAGUAUGGAAUACACAGCAACACCGAUUACAUCACUCAGGAUAUUAUAGAAGGCCAGUACAGGGGGUGCAUACAUAAUACAUCGCAUGCAGAAUACAUAGCACACAUAAUACAUAGCAUGCAGAAUACACAGCAUACAGACUACAUAGCAUACAGACUACAUAGCAUACAUAAUACAUAGCAUACAGAAUACAUAGCACGCAGAAUACAUAGCUUACAGACUACAUAGCAUACAGACUACAUAGCACACAGAAUACAUAGCACGCAGAAUACAUAGCUUACAGACUACAUAGCAUACAGACUACAUAGCAUACAGAAUACAUAGCACACAGACUACAUAGCACACAUACUACAUAGCAUACAGAAUACAUAGCAUACAGACUACAUAGCAUACAAACUACAUAGCAUACAUACAGAAUACAUAGCACACAGAAUACAUAGCAUACAGACUACAUAGCAUACAGACUACAUAGCAUACAUUGCACACAAAAUACAUAGCAUACAGAUUACAUAGCACACAGAAUACAUAGCAUACAUAAUACAUAGCACACAGGAUACAUAGCACACAGGAUACAUAGCACACAUACUACAUAGCAUACAGAAUACAUAGCAUACAUAGCACACAGAAUACAUAGCAUACAGACUACAUAGCAUACAGACUACAUAGCAUACAUAGCACACAGAAUACAUAGCAUACAGACUACAUAGCAUACAGACUACAUAGCAUACAUACAGACUACAUAGCAUACAUUGCACACAAAUACAUAGCACACAGAAUACAUAGCAUACAUAAUACAUAGCAUACAGAAUACAUAGCACACAUGAUACAUAGCACACAGACUUCAUAGCAUACAGAAUACAUAGCAUACAUAGCACACAGAAUACAUAGCAUACAUACUACAUAGCAUACAGAAUAGCAAAUACACCUCGCAUUGGACGCAUCACACGACGUACAUGAAUUAAACAGACACGUCACACAGCACACUGCUACUGAACCCAUCACAUCAGCUCCGAUGCAAUCACCUACAAGCACACAUCACUCAAAGACAUGCCGUACACACUGCUUUUCCCUCCACUGCUUCCACAACCAUCACCACCACAACAACCACCACAACCUCCAUUUAUCCCUCCCAUCAGAGCUAACGAGCACCCAUUACCACCCCAACUAUCUUCAUCAUCCUGUCCAUCAACUCAUCAGCCAUCACCACGCUAACCCUCCCCCCCCCCCAACACUUUCAGCCCGUCGACCCAUAAAGCCACUUCAUCUUAAUUCCACCCACCACAACCAUCAUCUGUCUGCACAACACUCCACACAUUGCUGCUUUGUCAUCACCUUCACUAUCACCACCACCACCACUCACUCCACCUCUCUUCACAUAUUCCUCCUUUACCACCACUUUUACUAUCACCACCACCACCAUCAUCACCAUCAUCACCACCACCACCAUCACCACCACCACCAUCACCACCACCACUCACUCCACCUCUCUUCACACAUUCCUUCUUUAACACCACUUUUACUAUCACCACCAUCACCACCACCACCAUCAUCACCACCACCAUCAUCACCACCAUCACCUCCACCACCAUCACCACCACCACUCACUCCACCUCUCUUCACACAUUCCUCCUUUACCAACACUUUUACUAUCACCACCAUCACCACCACCACCAUCAUCACCAUCAUCACCACCACCACCACCAUCAUCACCACCAUCACCUCCACCACCACCUCCACCACCAUCACCACCACCACUCACUCCACCUCUCUUCACACAUUCCUCCUUUAACACCAACUUCACUAUCACCACCACCAUCAUCACCAACUUCACCAUCACCACCAUCAUCACCACCACCAUCAUCAUCAUCACCACCAUCACCACUCACUCCACCUCCCUCAACACAUUCCUCCUUUCCAUCACCACCUCCACCACCACCACCUCUCGCCACACUCCGCCCCACCACCACCAUCACCUAAACUCCACCCACAAUCUCCACCCACCACAAACUCCACCUCCCCACCACCACCACCACGACACACAACACUCCACAUUCCUCCUCUGCUACCACCACCAGCAGCAGCAGCAAGCACCAGCCUCCACCACCACCACCCAACCACAACAACAACAACCACCAGCACCACCAGCAGCCUACACCACCCAACAACAACAACCACAACAACAACAACCACCACAACCUCCUAACGUCACCCCCCGUGUCUCCCCACCUCCUCUUCCCCUCCGCCACCCCCGGCAACACCAACCGUGGCGUCCUUCAUGAUGGAGGACCAGGCCCGCCUGCUCAUGCCGCUGUCGGCAGCGCUCGGUCUGCACCCUCCUCCUCCUCACCCUGGAGCCGGUGGAGGUGGAGGAGGAGGUGGUGGAGGAGGUGGACACGGAGGAGGAGGAGGGAUGGCGGGUCCGCAUCUCCAGCCCGACGGGGGAGAGGCGGCGGCCGCGGCGGCUGCGGCCUCUAAACGAGAGUUGGCAGACAUCCUUCAACAACUUGUGGGCAUCACGGAUCAGAGCCUGGACGAGGCGCAGGAGAGGAAACAUGCUCUGAACUGUCACAGAAUGAAGCCCGCCCUUUUCAACGUGUUGUGCGAGAUUAAGGAGAAGACUGUGCUGAGCAUCCGCGGCGCGCAGGACGACGACCCCCCUGACCCGCAGCUCAUGCGGCUGGACAACAUGCUGCUGGCCGAGGGUGUGUCGGGCCCAGAGAAGGGUGGCCCUGGCGGCGGGGGAGGAGGAGGUUCGGCGGCGGCCGCGGCGGCCGCGGCGGCGGCCAUCGCCCACCCCGGCGGCUCUCCCGGAGACGGCUGCAUCGAGCACUCGGACUACCGCGCCAAGCUGGCGCAGAUCCGGCAGAUUUACCACUCGGAGCUGGAGAAAUACGAGCAGGCGUGCAGCGAGUUCACGAACCACGUGAUGAACCUCCUGCGGGAGCAGAGCCGCACGCGGCCCAUCUCCCCCAAGGAGGUGGACCGCAUGGUGUCCAUCAUCCACCGCAAGUUCAGCUCCAUUCAGAUGCAGCUCAAGCAGAGCACGUGCGAGGCCGUCAUGAUCCUGCGCUCGCGAUUCCUCGACGCGCGGAGGAAGCGUCGGAACUUCAGCAAGCAGGCGACGGAGGUGCUGAACGAGUACUUCUACUCACACCUCAGCAACCCGUACCCCAGCGAGGAAGCCAAGGAGGAGCUCGCCAAGAAGUGCGGCAUCACCAUGUCGCAGGUAUCCAACUGGUUUGGGAACAAGCGCAUCCGCUACAAGAAAAACAUCGGCAAGUUCCAGGAGGAGGCCAACGUUUACGCGGCCAAGACGGCCGUGUCGGCCACGGGCCCUGGGGGCCCUUACGACAGCCCCGAGGGCUCCCCGCCGACCCCCGACUCGGCGGAUGGUUUCCCGUCUCCGUGCUACCAGUCGGAGGGAAGGAUCCCGUGAGCAGAAGCUGCCACGUACCAGCAGGUCCUGUGCCCUGGCUCGCGAGAGGAUGACGAUGAGUGGCAAGGGGCCUCUCCUUACCCGCCUGUCCCCCCCCCCCGCCACCUCCCGCUCCCUCCCACCGCACCACCCCACGAAGCCCCCCCCAAACCCCCUGCCCCAACCCUCCCCCGACUCUCUACCGGGACACCGGCUCAACUCCUCCGCAAGCGAGGGAAAGGGGCUCGCUCACCAAAAACCACCAAAACUAACCAAACCAAACCGACGCACGAACGGACGAGGGAAGUGGUGGCAUUGGCGUCGCCGCCCCCCCCACUCCCGACGCUUUCUCUCGGACUAUUCGUGUGUAGCAUGGGGUGGGGGGUGGGGGUGCGUCAUAGCGGAUCCCUACACGCGCGACAAAAAAAGCUGUCGAAAUAAAAGCGCGGCUGCCCGUACACCGCCCCACCCCCCACCACCACCCUUCGCCGCCCCCCCCCCACUUUGAGCAUUUCAUGGGACAGGAUUGUUUUGAGGUGGUUUUUGUUGUUGUUUAUUUCAUCUGGAGCCUUUUGUUUUCUCACGGUGGGGCGGGGGGGGGGGGGCAGAGAGGGAGAGCGUUUUUUUAUUGUUCUCACGUCAAGAGCUGUUGAAAACGAACUUAACAGUUACACUUGCAUUUUAAAAAGAAGAGAAAUUAAGGGGGUUUUUCCUUGACGUACUGUUACAUUUUUGCUAAUUGUUUGAACUUGUUUGGCGUCGUUAUUUUUCUUUUUUUGGGGGGAGGAGAGGGUUGGAAUGAUCAUGUUUAGCCAGCCGGCGUGUGGCGUAAACAUUUAGGCAUUGUAUGCUUAUAUAUAUAUUUUUCUUUUCUUAGUGGAUUUAGACGAAAUGCAUUAUUUUCUUGUUACAGGAAUGACUGUCGAUGCCUCUUUAACGAGCCCGCUGUAUUCGUGCGGAGUCCCGUCACAAUAAAAGUCUCCCUUCCCUCCUCCCCGCCACUCCGGCGGUGCUGCAAGUCCUCCGUGUGGUGGCGGGGGGGGGCGUGGGGGGGCGGACCUUUUAUUGCGAUGGCACGCUGCCCUCAAUGUCUGUGCGUCUUGUCACUUAGUCGUGGGCGUUAAUAAGUCUCGGGAUAACGCGCCCGCGUGUUUUGGUUUUCAAAAGUUCUUAAAGAAACGUGCGCGGGCUCUUAUGUGUGCGUCUUGCACUCGUGUGUGACUUACCGCGGGGGGGCUGGCGGGGGGGCCGUUUUGUUUACAAGCCGUCAUUGUCGCGAGCACGCGGGCGGUGGGAGCGCGUGUGGAGUGAAAAAAAAAUACGACGGGAAAAUCUGGAGAUAAACUUGACCUUAGCGACCGCUAAAGUUUGGGCCUUCCCAGCGGCUGCUGACGUCGUCCCCGCUUGUGAAAAUGACGAUCGGUCGGGGAAACGGCUCCCCCCCCCAUUCCCCCCGACCCCCCCUUCCCCCCCCCCACCCCCGACCCCCCCGGAGCGUGUGAAGGUCUUGGGCUCGCGUGCAUACGGUGACAAAAAAAAAGCGUCGCACACACACUACCUCCUGUAACACAGCCUCGCGCGAACCUCCCGAGAUCACGCUGGACCGCUGUGACAGCCGACUCGGUGCGCCCCCCCCCCAACUCCGCUUUAGUAAAAAAAAAGAAAGAAAAAAAAAAUUCGGUGAGAAAAAGAAAAACUUAAAACCGCGCCUUUUUAUUUCUGUUCUUCGCGCUUUACGGCAGUCCAGUAGCUCUUGCCGGACUCGGAUUCGGACGGACCCCGCCCGCGUUCCGCGCACACGCCUCGCCGCUUGCCAGCGCGUGUCUCUCUCUCGCUCGCUGUCUCUUUCUGUCUCUGCUCUCACUACCAAGGUCUUAAAACUGCCCGUGCACGGAAGAAGCAGCUGGUGCGAAUCCCUGACAUCCGGAGGAGAUGGCGUCGCCUAGAGGUGUCCCGUCCGUGUGGCUUACUGUCGCGUAGCCCUCUGCGUGGCCCUCUGUGGGGGCCCUCUAUCCCGUCCAGCGGGGAAACCGCGCGGCCGCGCGUUUCGGUUUUUCUGGCGCUGCGUCGCCUCCGCCGUGCCGUGAUCUUGGGGGUUUCGGUGGCACGAGUAAAAGCGGCAACCCCGAGCGGUUCUACAAAGUCGUGCGGCCCUCGGUAGAAGUUGGCGUUCUGUGCUUUUUUAAGUCUUUAUCUUUUCUCCCUCCGGUUUUUUUGUCGCUCACCGUACCGCGGGACCGCGUGUUUUCUUUUUAAUGCGAGGAUCCGCAAGUGAAGUGCGACGGGCCGGGAUUGUGAAAAAUAACUUCUUUUUUACGUUGCUGUCUUUUAAAAAAAAAACUAUGGUCCCCCCCCCCCCCCCCAAUCUGCUUUGUCCUUGCCGCCUUUAUUAUAUUUUUUUUGUUUCUUUUAAACCGAGUCCACGGGUCUGCUCUGGACAAGGUCGUCCCGGACAUGCUUGGGGGGGGGGGGGGGAAGGGUGGUCGGCGCUCGCCGGUAAAAAACGAAAUGUCAUCAUUGGCGGAUGACUUGUUGAGAAACAGAAAAAAAACCUAAAAAACACAGCAACAAUGCUUCACAUUUCUGCCUGUAAAGUCAAACUUAAACGUUCAUUUUCGUUCUUCGUUUUUUUGCGUUGAGUUGAAAACCGUACGCUCGUUCGGGAUCGUAGACGAGUUUGUGUCGUUGUCGUAUGGGUGGCGGCAUCCACCAAGUUUAGUCCGUGAUUGAUGGCGGCGGGCGGGGGGUGGGAGCCGCCGGGGCUCUGUCGCUCGCUUGUGAACCCUCCAACGAUUUCAUCGCCGGAGCGAAGAACGCGUGGCAUGGUGGGGGUGGGGGGGUGUCCCCUUGCCACCGUCGUGCUCGCACCGCCGUGAGAUGCUCGCACAACGCCGGAUCCGCUCCGGGAGCGUUUGGGCCACGUUGCGCUCUUCCUCGAUGUGUUUAUAAUUUCUGCCGAUGUUAAACUAAGGGGGGCGGUGGGGGGCGAGUGGGGGCGGGGGGUUACCUUUAGCGUGCGUUGUUAUUUUGGUUUUGUUCUCCUCCCCCCCCCCCCCCCGUCAUGUUUAUGUUCUAACACGUGUAGCGAGUUGUGUCCACCUUUUUUUAGUCUGUUACGUCGCCUGUCCCCCGUGUCGGCACCCGCGGUUGUGUCGAUGCUGUCUGGGUUUGGCAGCAAGCGGUACGGGAGCGGGUCAAACCCAUCACGACGGCGCCGAGGCGGGCUUGAGCGGCCACCCCUCCCCCUCGCCGGCCAGCCCACCGGUCGGCGUUCUCUCCAUCUCGAUCUAAAGCGGUGGCAUCUGCGUCCGUUUUUGGGGGGGGGAAAUCUCAAAUUGAGUAUCCCGUGACCAAAAACCCGUUUGACCUCUCCCCCAUACAAGAAAACAAAGUGCUGCAUUUCCUGCUCAAAGCAACCACUCGGAGUUGCUUUGCCGAGGAGGUGGGGGGGGGGGGCGGUGGGGUGACGGCGAGGCACUUGCGACGUCCGUCUUGAAAAUUUCCGACGACGGAACGACGGUUCAAUCUCAGCGGAGCCGGCAGCGCUGGGAACAAGGUUGCGGCAGGGCCCCCCCUCCCCCCCUCCACCGGGCUCUCUUACAAAACAAAAUAAUGUUCUGUCCACGACGCCAUCGGUUUGAUGUGCCCCCCCCCUCCCCGCCUCUCCUGCGUUUCCGUCCGGUCACCGGUAAUCGUGGCGAGCGUCGGUAACGGCGCCUCGAUCGAUGGCAGUUCCACACCGGCGCGGGGCCUCGCCAACCUCGGCGUGUCGACGAUCGUUCCCAGCGCGCGAUUCUCACCGGUUUAGUGUCUCUGUACCGGGCCCCCCCUUCCUCCUCCGCCCGCCCACCACAGACUCUGUGGCCAAGCAAGAGCCCCCCCCCCCCCUCCUCAGCCCCCCCCCUCUCAGCUCGAAAAACAAAACCGAACCGCGACGUUGUUGGUGGCGGUGGCUGCCCCAAAGCCACCGUCACCAGCAGGGCCACUGGCUCCUAACCAUAGCUUGGUGGAUUGUAAUACAUGUACCUAUUUUAUAUUGUUAUAAGGUCGUCAGAAGUUGUCAUUGCAAUACCAAAAAAAAAACCCUAGAUGAAACUAAAAAAAAAAGUUACUUAUAUUAACGCUCGUUUUAACACUAGCUCACUGUUGUAUGAUUAUAUCAUGUUUCGCUUCAGCGUGCCUCCAGGUUGGCCAGAGGGGUUUUUGUUUGUUUGUUGUGUCGGCUCGUGAGCAAGGAGGGCUGUGCGCGGUGUCCCCACGUUGUGCCCCGCCCGACAAGCUACUACCACCACUGCUCCGCCGUGCGCGCGAGCGCGUGUAUAUAGUACAAAUAGACGGUAUAUCUAGUGUCGAACACGCUGCGACAAAUUACGACCGGGGAGAGAGCGUGUGCCGGUUUGCCAACAGGUUCUCAGAUUUGGACGCACGUCCAUGCCAUUGGAGGAUUUGGCUUCUUAUUGUUGAGACGGAGAGGUUAGCUCCGAUCCUAACUACAACACUAAACUAUUUUACCACUGAGCCAUGUAGCUCUUUUUCAGAAGCGAGCUUGGCUAGCGCAAAUGAUCGCUCUUAUCAUCAUCACGUGGGCAUUUAGAGCAGCUCAAUUACUCAAAACGAGUGACGUUGAUUCUAAAUGUGGAGGGAAAAACCGGAGGACCCAGAGAACAAUCCACGUGAUCACCACCACGAGAGAGAGGCGCAAACUCCAAAUAUGCAGCAGCAAGCACCACCGUUGGGAUCUAACCCACAAUCUCCUGUAUACCAGGCGAGGUAGUUAACAUCUCCUAGCCACCGUGAUGAUGAUUAGAGCGAGAGACGCAAACUCCAAAUAUACAGCAGGCGCCACCGUUGGGAUCUAACCCACGACCUCCUGUACACCAGGCGAGGAAAUUAACAUCUCGCCACCACUGUGGCCUCCCCUAGGCCCCAAGCUGCAUUCUCAUUGCGCGUUGGCGUGGAAGUGGCGACGGUUUCAUGGCCCACGUAACUGCCCAAAAACAUUAAUGCGUGGCUCAGUCUACUGUCGCGUGGACUUUAAAGGGCCGGUUGCAUCCAGUGUUAUGAUCUGAAUCACUCCCCUGCUUCUGAAUUAACAAACAAAGUCAACGUCUUUGAAUUAACAAACAAAGUCAACGUCCUUGAUCCGCGAUUUUUCUUCGCGAACUCUUACGACGACUCGGUGGGCUACAGACUGAACAGUAUCGACGGGCAUUGAAUUUGUGUAGCUUUGUGUAAUGCAUCACGUGACCAAAAUCACCUGGAGUGAACUCCGAUCUCGUCAGAUUUCGGGGUGUGUGCUAAGCAGGGUUCAGCCUGGAUGGUGCUACGAAUUGGAGGUGGGGGGUGGUUGGGGGACCCACUAUGUGUAACAGGUGUUAUAGGCUGUGGGGCUACGUGGUGAUGGGCAGCAGGGAGGGAGGGCAGCACAGUACAAUAACGUAACGUCCUACUCGCUCCCACAACCCCCUUCCCCGCCCGCCACCAAUGUCCACCCGCACGGACGAGCCGUGGUGAAGUAUGGUGACGCAACUUCGGUGUGGGUCGUAGGCCCCUCAUCCCAGCAGUGUAUUGCCAAAAUGAGUCAGUGCAUGUUCACGAGGCACGCAUUGACAACAGGACCGCGGUAGCGAACGGGAUGUCGCCGUUAGGAUGGGAACAUUUUUUUGGGCAAAAACCCUUUGAAUCAGCUGGGUGUACAGGGCGAUUGCCACCCACGUGUGUGGGGGAGCUCAUUGGUGGCGUCGUGGUUCAUGCGGGCAAUCCGUGACAGGAACAUCUUUGGCAUUACGUUGCAGUCAAGUGACGCACACGCACGGCAAUAGCGCGUUUUUAACCUUAACCCUAAGCUGGUGGUCAUUGUAAAACAAUGACUUUGAAGUAUACGGAGCUCACGCUGUUACGAAUCUUGGGAAAUUGCUCUUUCUUGAAUCGGUAAGAGCGGUUGCCAAUGGACGGUUCUCUGAAAUUGAACGUCUUACCCCCCCCCCCCCCCCCCGUCAUAGGAAUGUGGAAUUUCCAACCCCCUGCCUCUGGUGGUCACGGGCGUUUAUAGACUCUAUGAAUGCGAACGAACACCACUUGGGUGUAACAAAUAUAACGUCUGCGGAAGCGAGCGCAACUUGGUCGAUCGAGGCGUGUAAGAAUUUGCAAGGCCUCGGCCCUUUAAUUCAUCUUUAAAUAAUCGUUUAAUUAAUCAUUUAAUUAAUCGUUCCGACUGUUCGCCAAACACAUGCCACGUGUAGUUUUGCCCCGACCGGUGCAGUUACAGGGCUUCGAGCGGAAGGCACGAUUUUACACCGUCAUUAACUCGCGUGCCAAAUGUACAAAUCCAAUCCUAGAAAACGCGCGUGAAUCGAUGGGCCACGUUGCUGUUGGCAUUCCGCCCCCCCCCCCCCCUGGGGGUUCAAUCGCCGCCGCCUCUUCCCGAUUGGUGAAAUGGGUGUAAACAAAAACAGGUUCCUCUGCUAAGUGGUGAUGCCUGGAAGAAGGCUGCGUGAGCUCUCCUAACAAUGGGAAUGAGGCCACUGUUAUUAUUUGCGCCACGGAUGUUGGGGUCAUGCCUUCACCAAAGUCAAUUAAAUGGUCCAUAAUCGAGUUUUUUGUGGGGGGGUGGGGGUGGGGGUUAGAUCGCGUCAAUAUAAAUGUGUCGUUAAACCCGUCGCCACCGCCCGAUCUAACCCCAAACGAAACCUCGAUAAGAUCGGUCGCGAAAGCCUACGUGUGAAACCAAUUAAGUGGUGUUGCAAAUGUCCUCCCGCCGACCGCCGCCUCCUUCCCAGAAAAAAAGAAAAUCGUGCAACGUUGGGCCCGACGUUGAAUGUUUACUCGGCUGUUCUCGUUAACCGUAUUCCUCGGAAUUGCAAAGAUGCGCACCCAAUGCAUCACGAUAAACUUGUACAAAGCCCGGCCACACCGCAUCGGGAUUAUGAGACGCAGUCGGAACUGUUGCUUUAAAAUGCGUGGUGAGGGAGUGUGGUGGUGGGGGGGGGGUGGUUGCUGGGGGGUAGAGCUGGGAAGGGUAUGGGGGUGCUGUCUUCCAAUCCGGAGAAUUGUGGUGGUAAAUCUUGGCGCUGCGUGUUUAUUGAUGGGGGUGAGAAAGGGAAAGGGGGUGGGGGGCACCUCUUGGCCAAUUCGGGCGCCGCUGGAGACAUUUAACGCUGUACAGAGCGCGGAGCCGCUAAACGGGGUUUUGUACACGUACUGACGAUAUGAAAUAAUAAAAAAAAAUUAAAACAUUAA